GCUCCUUUCAAGUGUGAGCAAUGCUUAAGCGCGAAUCUUUUCUGGAUUCAAAUGACGUCGAAUGGUCGGGUACAAACCCUUCGAGCAUUUAAUGACUUUCUGAAGCAGGAAGAACUGGAAUCCUUUUGGAACUAUCGUUCUCCUUUACCUUCAUUUGAAGAGAUAAGAGCAUCCUUAUGUUUGGAUACUAUUUCGCUUGCCUUUGAUUUUUUUCUAAAGAAUAAUUAUUUCAACCUCACUAAUAUUAUACACAAGGCGAAGAAUAAGAAUUUCUCAAAAACUUUGAAAACUAAUCUUCCAUCCAUUUACCCAAACACAUCAGAUCCUCAGAUAAAAGAGAAAAUUGGGUUAAAGCAGCUCAUUUUGGAUAAAUCUCCACAAGAAUGUUGCGAAUUUGGGUAUUAUGAAUUGUAUUUUGGCGUUUGUUAUUAUCAGGUUGUUACAACUAUAAUUCUUAAAAUUGAACGACAUAUACAGGAGCCAGAUAUCGACUAUGCUAAAUUUAUUGCUAAUUGGAGCCUCUCGGAAGGCAUUGCUCCAUUUUAUCCUGCCGGGCUAGACGUCAAUGUGCGCAAAUUAAACCACUAUCGAAUUGCUACAAUCAUCCAAGAACCAUUCGUUCAAUUUGUCCCUGUACAUCCAUCUACAAUAAGCUUGGAGAAACCAAGGCCAUGUGCUAGUGAAGAGCCAGUACGCCUAAUUACUGGUCAACUCGUUGAAGGCUACUGCAUCGAUAUGUUGAAAAUGCUUAAAUUGGCACUAAAUUUCACAUUCGACUUGUACUUGGUAGAAGACGGUAAAUUUGGCUCAGUAGAUGAAAGUGGUAGAUGGGAUGGACUGGUCGGGGAGUUGGUUAUUGGGAGAGCAGAAAUGGCUAUUGGACCCAUUAGUAUUUUGGCUGAACGCGAGAAUGACAUUGACUUCACCGUUCCUUUUUAUGAUUUGGUUGGUUUAAGUAUCCUAAUCAAACGGUCUGAGGUGGAGACCUCGCUUUUCAAAUUUCUUAAAGUGUUGGAAUUGCCAGUCUGGACGUGUAUUUUUGGUGCUUAUAUUUUCACUAGUGUGCUCCUUUGGCUUUUUGACCGAUUCAGUCCAUAUUCAUAUACAAAUAACAAGGACAAAUAUGCAAGUGAAACAGAAAAGCGGGAAUUCACUUUAAAGGAAUGUUUAUGGUUCUGUAUGACAUCUUUAACCCCUCAAGGCGGGGGUGAAGCGCCAAAAAAUGUUUCUGGGCGAUUGGUUGCUGCCACAUGGUGGCUUUUUGGCUUUAUUGUAAAUCAAGUUUUUUGACUUUUAAUUUUUUGAUUUUAUAUUAUUGCAUCAUACACAGCGAAUUUGGCUGCAUUUUUAACAGUUUCAAGAAUGGAACAGACA